AUGAUCGCUGACAUCUUCCCACUACCAACCCGCAAGAAGCUUGGUGGACCCUUUCUAGACGCUGAUGUUUGGCAGAACAUUUCUCGCGCUCACUUGCUUGGUUGCCAAUUGGUUCUUUUUGGUUGUGGUAUGACAUACGCUUUGCUUCCUACGGGACCCAGGCAUGACGCUAUCGCAAUUGCGGAACAAAUGGAAUGUAUGAUGGAAAAGAUGCAGAAUGAUGGUUGGAUAAUUGGUGGCGUUGUUACCGAUAAUGCCGGACAAUGCGCGCGGGCACGACGAAUUUUAAGUCUACGAUUUUUCUGA